UUAACUGAAACUCAAGAAAAAGAGUCUAGACAAAGCAUGGAGCCAGGUAUUGAUACCAACCCUGGGGGUAACAUCAUCCCUGGAGUGACAGACUCGCCCACUUUUGAUGUCUCCAGCAUGUUAUUUUCACCUGGUACUGACACAAUGCCAGCACCUAAAUCUCAGCUUCCUGCUCGCACUAGGAGGGUCCCUGCAACAGACUCAGGUUCUCUGAUACCUGCAAGGCGUAGCUCCACCCGUUCCAUAAAAAGAAAAAAGUUUGAUGAUGAACUGGUUGAAAGCAGUUUGGUAAAGACAGAACGAGGGCGCAUGAAGACCUCCACUGCCAGCCCCACCCCUCUCAUCCCAGCUGGUCACUUUGUCCAGGCACACGGGGUGACAAGUGGGAGUUUGAAUGAGCCGCCGCCUGUUGGCUCCGUCAACUCACCUGUGCCUGCUAGCAUCCUUACCACUGUGGCUCCGGUUGUACCUUCACAGCUUACAGAAGAAAGUAGGGAGAUAGUCAGGCAUGUGGAUGUUGUCACCCUGGUCCGCCCACCACCAGAGAAACGCACCAAACCAAGUUUAGGAAAAACUCAGAAUGUGCCAAAAAGUACGUCGGGGAAAGUGGUGUCUGCAAAAUCUAUUGGCGGAAAAUCUGGCAAGUCUAAAUCUGGCCUGCUCAAAACCGGUCACGGUAAAUCAAAGACGAAGUCAAAGCGAUCCAGAAAGCAGAAAUCCUCUACCCCAGCUAUCAAAGACUUAGGCAGGUGGAAACCCCAGGAUGACCUGGCUUUAAUAACUGCAGUUCAACAGACCAAUGAUCUGAGUGCCGUCCAUACCGGAGUCAAAUUCACUUGCAGGUUUACUUUAAAGGAAGUAGAGGAGAGGUGGUACGCUCUGCUGUAUGAUCCUGCUAUAUCCAAGAUCGCCAUGGAAGCAGCAAGACAACUGGACCAAGAAACAGUAGCUACCAUUCAGAGCAAGGCCCUGUACAGUGUAGCAGAGGAGAAGCUGCUUGGUUCUUUCACAUCAACCAGCCAACCUACAGUAGAAAGCUUCCAGUCCCUGUUGCAACAGCACCCUGAUGUGUUUCACCCAGCAAGAACAGCCAAGUCACUGCUGUCCCACUGGCUGUUGAUGAAACAGUACCACCUCCUGCCUGACCAGAGCGUACAGCCCAUGCCCAGGGGCGACCACAUCCUCAACCUGUCAGACAUUGAAGACUUUAUCAACGAUGAUGAUAUUGUCAGUGAAGGACAAGAUGAAGCAAUUGAACAAGAACUUGCGCUAGUGGACAGGCGGAACAAGAGAGAGAUCCGUCACCUUGAGCAGGAGGUGCCCAAAUGGCAGGUCUUAGUGGACAGUGUAACAGGUAUCAGCAUGCCAGAUUUUGACAACCAGACCCUGGGUGUCCUAAGAGGCAGGCUGGUGAGGUAUCUCAUGAGAUCUAGAGAGAUAUCCCUUGGUCGAGCCACUAAAGACAACCAUGUUGAUGUUGACUUGUCUUUAGAAGGACCAGCAUGGAAGAUAUCUAGGCGGCAAGGCAUUAUAAAACUCAGAAACAGUGGUGAUUUCUUUAUUGCUAAUGAAGGCAAGCGUCCCAUAUUAGUUGAUGGUAGACCAGUUAUGGCAGGGAACAAGCAAAAAUUAAACAACAAUUCUGUUGUUGAGAUUUCAUGCCUAAGGUUUACUUUUUUAAUCAACCAAGAUGUAAUUAAUGCCAUUAGAUCAGACAAUUCAAAGGGUGGAUCCACAGGAUCAACAUCUUAGUACUUUGAGACCAACAAGCAGUCAAUGCUUCUGUAAAUAAUGUAUAGUCAUGUUGAAGAAAAUGCACAUGUAAGCAUGAAUGAGGAUUAUUGUAAUUGUUAAAAGAAAUUUUUUUCAUAUGGAUAUUAACAUAGCAAUGUGGAUGCUACGAGAUUCAGUUACUGUACAUUGUUACAAGAUGUAUUUUCAAAUGUAAACUGUUAAAUUUGUUUUUUUACUGAUAAAUAAAACUGGUGCUA